AUGGAGGAUGAGGAAGGCUACACCACUUUAAAUUUACGACCCUCAGCUUCAGUUAUUACUCCUGGAUAUUCGAGCAGCAACAAAUGUUCUGCAUUUAAGGCUCCAGCCAGUUGUGUUACAGUAGACAGAGCCUCUGCAUCAUCUUCCAUAUGGCGGCCAGUGGCCUUUGUUUUCCUCGCUUUGUGCCUGGUGCUGCUGACGGGGCUGGUAGCCCUGCUCGCCCUGUUUUUUCAGGUUUCCAAGGAUCCUGAGGAAGGAAAGAAGCUGCAGGAAAUGAGGGAAGCAUUGUGUUUUGAAGGGAAGGAGAAAAAUGAGACAAAAUGUGCUCUCUGUCCAGCAAGCUGGCAAAACAGUGGAGCUGACAACUGCUUCUACAUUUCAAAGCAGAAGAAAACAUGGAAGCAAAGCCAGGAGUUCUGUUCCUCAAGAAACUCCACUCUUCUUGUGCUAAAAGACAAAGAAAAGAUGGUUUCUUUGCCACAGGAUUCACAGUUUUACUGGGUUGGAUUAUCAUACAUAUCUGAAAGGAGUGGCUGGUACUGGGAGGAUGGAACAACUUUUUCAAAACAAGCGACAAACUGGGUUAUGUUAUAUGACAACAUCUUCUGUGCCUCCUUAUAUGGACGGAUUAUUUAUGCCAGCAACUCCUGUUCAACAAAGCAAUUCUGGAUCUGUGAGAAACUGGCUGUUCAUUUCGCCUGAAGAAGCAUUGCAAGACCUGCUUGCUGGCAGAGCAUGGGAAACUGAAAAGUCCCUAACUUAGGAUAAGUGCUACUUAGCAACAACUAAAACAUCAGUGUGUUAUCAACAUUAUUCUCACACUAAAUCCAAAACACACUGUACCAGUUACUAGGAAGAAAAUUAACUCUAUCCCAGCCAAAACCAGGACAGAAGGGAUGUGGGAUCUGCCACUGUGAGAUACCAACUUUAGCAACUGGAAGUUUUAAAUAUAGAUAUAUUUUUUUGUUUAUCAUGCAGUUUUCUCAGAAUGGUGAUUCAAAUGGACAGGUCAUUAGAGACUAAAUAUUCCUCUU